AACACCACCACCCUCUCCCAACACUCUCCCCCAACACCCACCUCUUCCCUUCUGUCCACACUGCACGAGGCCGUCAACUAGCGUCUUUGGCCACCAACGCCCCGCCAAAGUCCUGUCGCUGCUUUGCUCUUGGAGAUCCACGCCUGCACCGUGGUUUCCCGCGAGCAAGCUCCCACCCGCGCCUUCCUACUCCCCCUCCUCAACACCUGCCGCUUUCUUCCCCUCAUACGCGCCGACUUUCUCUUACCUCUGAGCGGCAGCUUCACACCAACUGUGCUCACCAGACGGAGCCGCCAGCUCCUUCUCUGGUCUUCUUGUUUCCCUCUGCAAGCUCCUCAGCCUUCACAUCUAGCAGGCAUUGCCCCCCCCCCUCCCGGUUGCCAUCACCACCCAUUUCUGGCGUCGCCUUGGACGCUCGCCCGUGCUCCUCGGGCCAACAGAUAAGGCAUUGCAUGUGAGGCCGGCCCGCCUUCCGCGCCCCUCGCUUCGCCAUGCCCAAGAUCAAGAAGCAGGCCACUUCUCGACAUGAGUCGACUCUGUCACCUAUGAUAGCCGACUUUGUCAAGGCCACGGCCUCAAUACCGCUCUUCCAGCUGCCCGCCCACCUGGCCUCGUUCCCGAAGCAGUGGCCCUUUCCCCGCGGCGACACGUAUCAUUGGAUCCCCGUGCUGAACCGCUUUGAUCGCAUCCUAGAACUGUUCAGCCAAGAGUAUGGCCUGGUAGAUGGACCGCAAACACAGCCCUUUCAGCGGCGCCUGCUGCUCAAAGGCGACGCAGAGGACGGCCAGGCGACAGCAGAACAAGCCGCGACUGAUGCCAUUCUGGAUAAGCUGCACAUGCCGCACGAUGCCGACCGCGACCUGAUCGAGCAAGUCCUCAACUUCACGCGCGUGCUCCUGGAGAACUGCGGCAAUCGGAGCCUCUAUUCUAGCAGCGGCCACUUGGACAAGCUCCUCAACACAACCUCAGUUUCACUCCUGAAGACAACGCUUCGGCUGAGUCUUCGUCUUGCCCAGAGAUAUCACGCCGCGCGCAUGCGUCUCGCUCCGACGGCUAUGCAUCCCACGCUUUUAGCAGGUCACUACAACUUUAAUCUGGACAAGGUUCAGAAGCUGGCUGCCCCCUUUGCUAAAGGCCCCCAGACUGCAACACCCGCACUUGCCACGCCAUCUCACAAGGGCAAAGAAAAGGCAUUCGGCGAUCGCCGGACUGACUCGGACAAGAUGAAUUCCGCGGAUCUGGUUGCGCUCGUUUCGAUGCCCGACGCUGUAGUGAAGCAUGAGUUUGGUGGAGUUCUAAUCUCUUACUAUGAGUCCUCGUCUACUACUAGAGAAGGUAGCAGCAAGUCUGGACCGACGAACGAUGUCCCUGCUACGCCAACACCGGUCCGACGAACCUCACACAUUCGUCCCACCCAGGUGCCUCGCCAACCGCAGACCCCGCCAGCCAUCGAUUCUCCACUUUCUCCAUUCCAUGAGUCCGAGAAGAGCCAUCGCUCAGGCCCCAAGACGUUUGAGCUUUCCAUAGACACAGUGUCCAAGACCAACGUGCACGAGCUGUUAAAGCAAGGUCUCGCCGAGCUCCCCGAGAGUGUGCACUAUGAGUUGCUUCACAAGCUCCGAAUUAUUCAAUCUCUUGAUGCAGGCCAGGCUGGCCGGGAGGAUGCACUUGCCAUCCGGCUGUUGGCUAUUGCGAACAUGGGCUAUGUGCAUGGAGAGAAGGACUUCUACCAGAAAUUAGGUCAACAAGAUUCGGAUGAGCCCCGUCGUUUGCAGCUAGCGUAUCAGUUGUCCGAACUCGUUCAUCCGCCGGGGAACGGGGAAAUGGGCGUGUCCAAGGAACUCCAAGCGUUCGCCCUCAAUGCGCUAGAGGCUUUGGCAAAACACAAGACUAAGGCCCCCGACGUUUGCUCGGCCCUCAAUGUCAAUGUCAAUCACGGCGUUUUGUUUUACGUUGUCCGAAAGGCCGUGGCUGAACUCGGCAAGGAAGAAGAGCCAAGCGACACUCUGGAAGACGACGAGUGGCGAGAUGCGCUGUUCUCUCUUCUCAAUACCCUCCCGACAGCCCAGCCACGAACGGGUGAAGGCAUGGUUUCCGCUGGACUCCUAGAGAUCUUGGUUGACGUGCUGAAGUUUCGAACUACUAAAGCAGAACGAAAUCAGCCAAAGGUCCUUAAUUUCUUCGACACCUUUGUUCACAACCUGCGUGAUGCCUUUCAAGCAUUGGUCAAUGCCGGUGGACUUACGACUAUUGCUGAGCUAACAUCCUACGAGGUCGAUACAUCUAAGAAAUUGGCUGAAGAGGGGAGGGGAAUACCGGCCGAGUACAAAACCCAGCUCACGGAUUAUCAGAUCCCAUUCCACCACCAGCAAACGCUCCGGUGGCUUUUCAAAUUUGUGAACCACAUGAUGUCCCAUACCGGCGCCAACUUUGAUCGCUUGAUGCGGAACCUGAUUGAAUCUGCACAAUUGCUUAGCGGUCUACGCACUGUGCUCUCUAGCUCGUCCAUAUUUGGAUCAACGGUGUGGAGCAUGGCUGUUAACAUCCUGACAAGUUUCAUACAUAAUGAACCAACAAGUUAUGCAGUCAUCGCCGAAGCUGGUUUGAGCAGAGCUUUCCUUGAGACUGUCACGCAGCAACCAAUUCUGGAGCUUUCCGUAGAGCCCCAACCCAACGAGGAUAAUAACGAAGCGGAACCACCAGCGAAUCCCUCCUCAAAUCAUCAGCCCCAAUUGCGGAACAUUUCUCAGCCUUACCCGCCUCGUGAUAGGCCCUUAGCCGAAGGCAUCUUGCCCGUAGCUGAAGCUAUCUCGACCCUACCUCCUGCUUUUGGAGCUAUCUGCCUCGCCGAAGCGGGCAUGAAGCUCUUCAAAUCAUCUUCAGCGCUUCAGAGCUUCUUCGAGAUAUUCGAGAGCGCCGCUCACAUCAAAGCCCUCGAUGUGGAUCCCGACAUGCCGACCUUAAUCGGGAACUCUUUUGACGAACUAGUUCGUCACCAUCCACAACUGAAGACCGAAGUACUCGCAUCUUUAAGUGAGAUGAUUGCACGUGUGGUUCAACUGUGUUCUGCAAAAGCCGAAAAAGAUGGUGUCGGCACUAAGCUCUGGAUCGAGGACGUGAAUGGGCGAAUACUUGUAUCAGGUGGACGCCAAGCACUUCUUGGCCCAGGCGGCCCAAUCCAUGAGGAGCUAUCCGCAGUCUCGGACAAUCGUGAUGAUAUCGAAAUGCAAGAUGCCGACGCUAGUGAACCCCUCAACGCGUUGAAUGAAGAGGUUACCAUCAAUCAGGUCGUCGAGACAGAGGAUAGCACAUCUGGACCGACAACGAGCCAAUACAUCAGCGUUGUAUGUCGCUUUCUCGGAGGAUUUUUCUCUAACCAUCAAUUAUGUUCGUCAUACAUUGAAUCGGAUGGGGUGGAGUCUAUCCUCGACUUUGCAACGCUUCCUUGCCUGCCCUAUAAGUUCAACGAGCCACACUCUACGAGCGAGGAAGUUGGUCGGGUCAUUCAAGUGCUUGUGGAUCAGAAACCUCACAUUACUGUACCAGCGAUACUUAAACGGUCUCAGCGCGCUUUGGAUCGACUUGAACCUCUGAUGCGACACACUGGAAAGGAAGCCUUCUUUGCGCCUUUUACUUCCCUCACACCUCCUAGCAGUUUGACUUCUCUUGAACGCCAGGAAGUCUUGAGCCAUGGAACCGAAUUCGCGAAGUCACUUGUUACCGUGCACACCCUUUGCAAUGCCUUGACCAUAACAUUCCAGGCCCAAAUCUUCAACCACCGCUCGACGCACAAUGUCUUUAGUACAAUCAAUCUGGCAGAUAUGUAUGCUCGUGUCGUGGACAGCCUCGGGCGACUUCACCGGAGCUGCGUCUGGGAGGAGAUCCUUUUGCAAAAGAAUAUGCCGACUGAAUGGGAAAAGGAUACCCGCAUUAAAAGCUCAGGCUUCGGGACUGACGAAGCAGAUGAUGUUUUACGGAUUGGGAAUAUAGAUGAGACGCCUGAAGAGUUAGUUGAGGGUUCUAGUAGCGACGGUGCCGCAUCAACCUCUAACGGGGCAGACGCGGCUGUCACUCAGAAUGGCUCUCGUCAGAGCCAAGACAGCGUGCGAUUUAGGAAUACCCAAACGUUGCGAUACCUUCUUAGCAAGGUGCCUACAGGAAUCGCGCCCUUCUUUCAGUCACUUGGAAAGCUCCUUUUGUUUCGACGAAGUCUUGACACCUACCAGAGACAAUGCGCCGUUAUUGUUUCCGACCAGCUAGGCAAAGCCGCCAUUGAUCAGCUGCAGUUUGAAGGCCCAUUGAAUUCCAAGUCGCCGGAAGACAAAUAUGCGUAUUGGAUUGUCAUCCUGUCCUCUGUUUCUCAGUUGAUGAUAGAUAACGGUUUGGAGCGAGGAUAUUCUCAAGCAUUGACACUAAUUCUAAAUUCUUUCAAGAACCUUGGUGGCUUAAAAGUUCUCGCGGACAUCCUUGACACAUUUUAUGACGCCGCUAUAUAUAUUGUCAAACAGCAAGGAAAUGAGAUGAAGGGAGAUACACAGCGGGUCCUCAAUCUUUCAUUGGGGGGAAUCAAGAUUAUAUUGGCAUUUUACGGACAGAUUACAAGCACUAAGCUUGUCAAUGAAGCCCCUCAGACCACUUCAAUGCAAUCGCGACCGGAACGCGAUCUGGAUCGACCGGAUUUCUUCCUCGCAGCGCCGUUCCUCGUCGAGAUGAGAUACGCAGUCAUCAAACCAGUAGAGAAGAUAUGGAACUCUGAGCUCAUCGAUAAAGCCACCACAUCGAUUGUGAAGACUUCUAUAAGUAUUCUCAAGACCGUGCUGGAUGGCGAUACUGAGAAUGGAGCGUACAAGAGUGCGGAUAAGAUUCCAAAACGUAGCAAGCCCAGAAUCAAGCCGUGGGAGCCGCGUAGUGAAGACCAUUUACAACGUCUUAAAGAAGGAGGCUAUGAAGAGAGUCUUGCUCUGGAAGCCCUGUAUCGGUGCUGCGACAAUUACACGACAGCGCGGGAGUACUGCCAGAACCAAACGCGUCACGCUCGAGCCUCGCGGAACCCUCUUCCGACUUACGAAGUGGAGCGCCGAAGCCUACCUAACACUACCCCAAGCAGGGCAGAAGUCAUUGUUCCCGAGACUGUAGAUAAUGCCAGUGUUUCCACUGGCAACGAUGCCGACGACAGUGAAGAUCCAGAAGCUCCCGACUCACAUUCAGUCGAGAUGGAAGAUGUCGACGAGCACCAGGACGGCGAGGAAGGGAGUUCAAAGACUCCAGUACCAGACAUCCAAGUUCCAGGGCCAGCGGACACAUUGUGGAAUGGACCAGCCUAUCUCACAAGAAUGAACGUUGGAAAUAGCUCCGACUAUGUUGCCGUUGAUGCCCUGGACGAAGAGCGAGCAAAUCUUCGGAAAACACUUAUAGAUCGCUCUUUGGAUAUUCUCAAUUCCCAUGAUGAUGUUACCUUUGAGUUAGCCGAUUUAAUUUCUGCUGCAGUAGCUAAGGCCCCUGAACCGGCAGCCAUGCGUACGGAGAUUGGUUCAACUCUUGUUCAAUCGCUUAUCUCCCUACAAACUGGGGACGACUUCCGAGAAAAUGGUAAGAAGAUUGCUGCGUCUGCUCACUUACUGGCACUUGUCAUCCAGGACAAAGAAUUUUAUAAUUCGAUUGUAGAUGAGCUAAAAGAGAGCUUUGCGGUUCUUCUUGAAUUCAUCAAGAUAUUCCCCGACCAGUCACAAGAGGAAUGCUCGCCCUGGAUUGGGUCUGUGCUUCUAAUUGUUGAACGCCUUCUAGCUGAAGACCAACUUCCCUGUCAAAUUCAAUGGACACCGCCCACAGCCGAAGAUCACGAAGAGACAACGGUAGAACAGCUACCAGAUCCCAUUGUCUCCAUGGAUGAAAAGAAUCAGAUGUUUGAUGCCAUUCUUGAGAUCCUCCCACGCAUUGGAAAGGACGAGUCCCUUGCUCUGUCGAUUAUACGCGUCCUCGUGAUGCUUACACGCUCUCGGACGAUGGGCCUCCGAUUGUCGGAGAAGCGUAAUAUCCAACGACUUUUCCUAAUGAUCAAACAACUUGCUGGCAUCACAAAUGAAGGGCUUCGAAGUGCAUUCAUGCUUGUUUUACGCCAUAUUAUCGAAGACGAUAUCAUAAUCCGUCAGAUCAUGCGAAGCGAGAUACAGACAAUGUUCGAAUCGCGGGAUCGGAGACAGACUGACACGACUGGAUACACGAGGCAAAUGUAUUAUCUGGCCCUCCGCGCCCCAGAGAUUUUCGUGGAAAUCACCAAUGAGAAGUUGCAGCUUGCACGCUUUGAUCCAAACCAGCGACCUCAAACUCUUGUCUUAAAAAAGGAAGAACCUCCUAUCCAACAUGCUGAGGCUUCUGGUCCUGAAGGCUCGUCUAACGCUAAAUCCGAGGAACAUGGCACUCCAAAGGCUUCGGAUGAGCCAAAGAAUGGCCCCUUCAUUGAGAGGACUAAGACCUCCGAUCUCAAAUUGCCGGUUGUUGAAAAUCCGGACGGAGUGAUUCACUACCUCCUUUGCGAACUAUUGGCUUACAAAGAAGUCGACGAUAAGGUUGAUGUUUCAAAGGAUAUGGAGAAAACUAACGAGGCACAGGAGUCCUCUCAGCCCGCUUCUGGACCUCCCUCUGGAUCUCCCGGUUCCAGCACAGAACAGAGCAAGCCCGAAAAGAUUGCAUUCAAAGCCGAUGCGCAUCCGAUUUACAUCUACCGUUGCUUCAUCCUCAAGUGUCUAGCAGAACUACUUCAGAGUUACAAUCGUACAAAGAUCGAGUUCAUCAACUUUUCAAGGAAGGCAGACCCGCACACCAUGACACCAUCCAAACCUCGAUCUGGUGUUCUCAACUACCUCCUCAACGCGCUAGUUCCGGUGGGUACUUUAAACCACGAAGGCGACUUAGUUUUGAAAAAGAAGGUGGCAACCUCGAAUUGUGCGAUCGAUGUUAUCGUGUCGCUAUGUGCCAAGACUGGGGAGAAUGGUUUUCCGAAACUGGGCUUAGGCUCCUCCCCCUACAUUGAAACCGAGCCCGACCUCCUAUUCGUGCGAAAAUUCGUUCUGGAACAUGCUUUGAAGGCAUUCAGAGAUGCGAGUGCCUCCGACGAACCUUUGGACAUGAAGUACUCUCGCCUCUUGAAUAUUGCAGACAUCUUCUCAAAAAUGGUCUCCCAACGUUCCGAUGGGACCAUGCUUAGCCAGAAUGCUGAACUCACGCCUGCUCUAAAGCAAAUGGCGAAGAUCAUGUACGAGAAGAACUUUAUCACCAUCCUAAACGCAGCUAUUGCGGAUAUUGACCUCAACUUCCCCAAUGCAAAACGCGCGGUGAAGUAUAUUCUCAAGCCUCUCAAAUGGCUCUGUGCUGUUGCUGUGGAUCUCAGCACGCAGUACGAUACAUCUUCGACUCCCGAAACCACGGACGAAUAUGAGAUAUCCACAGCGUCUGAUGAUGAUCUGGUCGGCCCCACCCGUGAAGAAACUCCAGAUCUCUUCCGUAACUCUACUCUAGGCAUGUAUGAGCCACCGCACGAGUCUGAAUCUGAAACAUCAGAGGACGAAGAGGACGACGAAAUGUACGACGAUCAAUAUGCCGACGAAAUGGAGUACGAUGAGGAGAUGGGCGACGAGGAUGUUAUUUCUGACGAAGAUGAGGAGAUGGGCGACAUGGGUCCCAUUGAAGGUCUUCCAGGAGACGGCGGUAUCAACGUGGAGGUUAUGUUAGACGAUGGGGAGGACAUUAUAUCUGAUGAAGAGGACGGCACUGAGGAAGAUGACGAGGAUGACGAGGAUGAGGGUGAUGAAGAUGAGGACGACAUGAAUGACAUGGAGGGAAUCGAAGAUAUGGAAGAAAUAACAGGGGAUGAUGAAAACGCUAGCCUCGUAGAUGGCGGCGAGGAUGAUUGGAGUGACGAUAACGGCGAAGAUUACGUUGGUACUGCUGAGGUAGAUGGAGGGGACCUUGGCUCUCCCCAUGGUGGCCUCGGCCACUUCAUCCCUCCUCCGGAGGUCCUUGAGCAGAUAGCUGGUGAUAUGGGUGUUGACCCAGAUGAGUAUUUGGAAGACGAGAUGCCAGACGAAGAUGAGGAAGAUGACGAAGAUGACUACGACGAGGAAGACAUUGUCUACAACCCAGGUCUUGAAGAUGACGAUGGCAUGCCUGAUUUGGGCUGGGGCUGGGACGAUCCAGCACCAGUUCGCCAUACCCACCGGCUUAACCCAUGGAUGUUCCCUGGAGGACCCAACGAUCGUAUUCUUGUUCCGGCAUAUCGAUCGCACAGACCUGGUGCUGGUCCUAGAACAACAGAUGACGGAGUAAACCCACUUCUCCAGCGAACAGGCCGUUCAUCUGGCCGAGUAAUCGCGGAUGCCGCGCUCCCUGGUCUCCGCAAUGAGGGUAUGAGUGACUGGGUACACGCCAUUGAUGGCCGUGGUCCACGAGUCUUUCCAGCAGACGGACCCGUGUCUUUCAUCAGCAACUUACUGAGCGCAAUGAGCCAGGGUGCGCCGUCACUUCAGUCACGUGACGGCACAUUUAGACUUUCCUUUAACAACGUUCCAAUUGGCUUACCCCCACCCUUCGACCCGGGCUUCCGUCGGGAGAUGCAACGUGCUAGAGAACAGCAACUUGCCCGCUCUGGUCGUGAGGACCCUCAAUCAGCUGUCGCGUUUGCAAAGGCUUUCACUGCUCAGCGGUGGCAAGAGGAAGCCAGGGUUCUCUAUGGUGCUGGAGCCAUUGAGAAGAGCCAGCGUGUAAUUAAUUCUAUCCUCAAGCUUAUGGUUCCUCCCGCAAUUGAAGCAGCUAAGAAGCGACAAGCGGAGAAGGAGGCUGAGAAUGCGCGUAAAAUAAAGGAAGAACAAGAGCGGAAAGAGCAGAAGGAGCGUGAAGAACGGGAAACGAAAGAGCGCGAAGAGCGGGAGCGGCUGGAACGUGAAGUUGCCGAGGCUGAAGCCCUAGUGGCCGAGGGAAGUGCGAGUGGUGAGCCCACAGAAGAGUCAACGUCUAUGCCGCAAGACCAGGUAAUGGAAGGCGUAGAAGCUCAACCCGCUGCUGAAUCAAGCGCAGAGGCAGGCCCUUCUGAGCCAGUGCAGCGUAUCACGACGAAUAUUCGAGGUCGCGAGGUCGACAUUACUGGCUUGGGGAUUGAUUUGGAGUUCUUGGAAGCUUUGCCAGAGGAUCUGCGGGAAGAAGUCUUGAUGCAGCAGAUUCAAGAGCAACGUGCCCAGCAAAAUCAAACUGGGCAGCAACAGUCUGACAUCGACCAAGACUUCCUCAACGCAUUACCUCCAGAGAUUCGACAGGAGUUAGUCCAGCAAGAACAAGCGGACCGCCGGCGCCGUGAACGUGAAGAAGCACGCCGCCGGAGCCAGACAAAUGGCCCGGCUCGUGGUGAAGAUAUGGAUCCUGCUAGUUUCUUCGCGUCUUUGGACCCAGGUCUACGUCAAGCUGUCCUCAUGGAACAGGAUGAGGAUGUUUUGGCUCAGCUGCCCCCCGAAAUCUCAGCAGAAGCUCGAGCAUAUGGGGGAGACCGUCGUCUAAAUCAGUUCAGCGAUUUCCUUCCUGGAACCUUCCGUCGGGGAGGAGAGCGGCGCAACCAGCAAGACGAUCAGGUUCAAAAGAAGAAGGCUCGCCCAUGUGUACAAAUGUUGGAUAAAGCUGGAGUUGCUACCCUACUUCGGCUUAUGUUCAUUCCUCAGACUGGUAGUGCCAAAGCUAGCCUCAGCCAUAUUUUGAGGAAUGUCUGUGAGAACCGACAGAAUCGCGCCGAAGUUAUCAGCAUUCUACUCUCGAUUUUACAAGACGGCAGUGCCGAUGUCAACGCGGUCGAACGUAGCUUUGCGCAGCUCUCCCUUCGGGCGAAACAACCUCAGCAGGGUGCUGACAAGACACCAAAGAUCAAUACCCGCAAACAUGGGACUUUUUCAAUCAACUCAGAGGUGUCACCUUUGAUGGUAGUUCAGCAAUGCCUUCAAACCCUGUGGCAGCUUACAGAUAAGAACCCUCCGGUCUGGUCAUUCUUCCUAACCGAGCAUGAGACCGCUGUGGGUUUCAAGAGCCGGAGCAGUCGCAAAGGAAAGGCGAGAGAGACGAAAGCCACGAGAUAUCCCCUCAACGCGCUCCUUGGCCUGUUGGAUAGGAAGCUGAUUAUCGAGAGCUCCACUAUCAUGGAACAGCUCACGACACUUCUGCGAGUUAUCACUGGCCCUCUGCAAGUAAUCAAAAAAGAAAAGGAGAAAGCCGCAGAAGAAGCUAAAAAGAAAGAGGCAGCUGCCAUAUCUGGAGAGGGCCAGUCAAUUGAAGCGCCCACUCCUUCAGGCGAACAACCUGAACCCCGGCCCGAGGGUUCUCAGCAAGGUGGGGACGCUGAAAUGGUCACCGAGUCAGAACCAAUCAUACAGGAACCACAACAGGGCGAGGGCGAUGGUAGCUCAGCUAAACUGGAUGAGAAGACAAAGAAGCAUCGAUCAUUUAUACCACCGGAGGUUCCUGAGAACAAUCUUGGACUUGUGGCAAAGAUUCUAGCCGCUCGUGAAUGUAACAGCAAGGUGUUCCAGGAGACUCUAUCAGUUAUCAGCAACCUCUCUCCGAUUCCAGGGGCCAAGGAGAUAUUCGGCAGAGAACUUUUAGGGAUUGCUCAAGAUCUUGCGCAGUCCACCUUGAAGGAUCUCGCAAAUCUUACAGUCCAGGUCACGAAAUCGGAGUCGCCAACAGAUGUGCAGGGCGUGGCUCUAUCCAAAUUUUCUCCAGCGAGUUCUGACCAGACGAAACUCCUCCGGGCUCUCACUGCGCUUGAUUACCUCUUUGACCCAAGUCGCGAGAAUAAAGACAGACCUAAGGUUGACGGUGCUGAAGCUCUUGAGCCCUCGCAAAAGGAGGACAUUCUCCUUACUCUGUACGAGAACUCGACCUUCGGACCACUAUGGAACAAGCUGAGCGAGUGUCUGACCCUCAUACGCCAGCGGGGCAACAUGCUAAACAUUGCCACCAUUCUGCUUCCACUUAUUGAAGCGCUGAUGGUUGUGUGCAAGAAUACUACUUUGAAAGAUGCCCCGCACGGCAAAAUUCUCACCCCUGAACUUGUGCAUUUGAGUCCGCCUCCGGAGUUACGCAUGGAAAACUUGUUUUUCACGUUUACUGAGGAACACCGUAAGAUUCUCAAUGAUCUCGUUCGUCAGAAUCCGAAACUCAUGAGUGGGACUUUCUCAUUGUUGGUCAAGAAUUCUAAGGUACUCGAAUUUGACAACAAGCGCAAUUACUUUAAUCGGCGUCUCCAUACACGCACCAACGAGCGAGAGCGACAUCCCCAUCCCCCAUUGCAGCUCGCGGUUCGCCGAGACCAAGUGUUCCUAGAUUCAUUCAAGUCCCUGUACUUUAAGACCGCUGACGAAAUGAAGUACGGAAAGCUCAGCAUUCGGUUCCAUGGCGAAGAAGGUGUGGAUGCAGGAGGUGUCACUCGGGAAUGGUUUCAAGUAAUUGCACGGCAGAUGUUCAACCCAGACUACGCCUUAUUCGUACCUGUGGCAGCAGAUCGAACUACUUUCCACCCAAAUCGGCUGAGUUCCAUCAAUCCGGAACAUCUAAUGUUCUUCAAGUUCAUUGGUCGAAUUAUCGGCAAAGCACUCUACGAAGGUCGCGUUCUCGACUGCCACUUUAGUAGGGCAGUCUACAAGCGCAUCCUUGGUAGACCGAUCAACCUUAAAGAUAUGGAGUCACUAGAUCUCGAGUAUUACAAAUCUCUCCAGUGGAUGCUUGAAAACAGUAUCGAGGGUGUGAUGAGCGAGACGUUCUCUGUAGACGUUGAGGCUUUUGGCGAAGUUCAGACUGUGGACCUCGUAGAGAAUGGUCGGGAAGUCCCUCUCACGAACGAAAAUAAGCAUGAGUAUGCUCGCCUCGUUACGGAACAUCGCUUGACGGGAUCUGUGCAAGAACAACUGGAAAACUUCCUCAAGGGCUUCCACGACAUCGUUCCCGCCGAACUUAUCGCGAUCUUCAGCGAACAAGAGCUUGAGCUUUUAAUCUCAGGUCUGCCGGAUGUCAACGUUGACGACUGGAAGAACAACACUGAGUAUCACAAUUAUACGGCUGCAUCUCCACAAAUCCAGUGGUUCUGGCGUGCUGUCCGAUCGUUCGACAAAGAGGAGCGCGCUAAAUUGCUCCAAUUCGUUACGGGCACCAGCAAGGUCCCUCUCAACGGAUUCAAGGAGCUGGAGGGCAUGAACGGCUUCUCGAGGUUCAAUAUUCAUCGUGACUAUGGCAGCAAAGAACGUCUGCCUUCUUCACAUACUUGCUUCAACCAACUAGAUCUUCCGGAAUACGAUACCUACGAAGAUCUUCGCAAACAAUUGUACACUGCCAUGACAGCUGGAGGCGAGUACUUCGGCUUUGCCUAAAUGCUUUUCUACCGAGAGUGAAAACAGGUUAGAGUUGGCGAUGAUGGGAGGAAGUUGCAGAUUGCGCAUACGGGGAGAUUCAAAGGCGUCUCGUUCUAGGAGUGGACUAUAUUGCAUUGCAGGCGUCUUUGGAAGGGUACGAGCAACGGGGAUAUCAUUCAUGCUCUGCACUUGGAGGAUGAGAUAUCCGGGUCGAGGUUCUACCCAGUCUAGUUGUACGAGCAUAAAAUGGCGAUGGAUAGGAUGAGUACGGAAGCAUAGCGUGGCUUAUUUGAUGAUGAAAGCGAACAGGGAGGAUUGGGUGACUACUAGGUUCUGUGGUUUAUGGACGAUGGCUAGGAGUGCAGGCCUGGAUUCAUCUGAAGUGGACCUUUGGUGCAGUAGGGGUGUGUAUGAUUGUUCUUCUCUCUUUG